CAUAACCAUUUCAGUUCUCUACAAAACCCAAAGCGAUACUUUAUUAGUUUACCAAAAUUCUAUAAACCACGUAAACAAAAAAUGAACACCAAUGUUUUCCUAAUCGCAGUCUUGAGCUUCUCUCUGCUUUCAAAUUCUCCAAUAUCAUCGGUUAUUGCUCAAAUCAAUACUCCAUGUUCACCAGCCAUGCUCUCUAGUGCUACAGGGUGCAUGAGUUUCCUAACGGGAGGCGGUAGUUCGCCGACCUCAGAUUGUUGUGGUGCUCUUAAAUCGUUAACCGGAACCGGUAUGGAUUGUUUGUGUCUGAUUGUAACCGCUGGUAUUCCAAUCAAUCUUCCUAUUAACAGAACUUUAGCCAUCUCUCUUCCUCGUGCAUGUGGCAUGCCUGGUGUCCCCGUUCAAUGCAAAGCUACAGCAGCUCCUCUCCCUGCUCCAGGGCCUGCGUCUUUCAGUCCGACCACUUCUCCGGCAGAUUCGCAAGCACCUGAUUCUGAAGGUCCUACUUUUUUAGGUCCGACCACUUCUCCGACAACUUCGCUAAAUCCUAAUGACGAGGAAAUUCCCGGAUCCGACGACAGAGGAGACCGGGACGGGUUCAAUUCACCACCCCCGUCAGCCUCGUUGCCUUCCUCUUCGCACUCUCUCAAGCUUUCGCUUCUUCUAUUUGCUUUCGUCUUUGAGAUUAUCAAAUUCUUUUAAUUAGAUAGCAAGUCCUUAUUAUUUACUUUCCCAUUCUAUUUUACCUGAUUCUGGUUUAAAUAAUAAUGUAUUGAAGUUUUUGUUGUAUUUGGCGUACCUGUAUUUAAUAGUCUUAUUAAUAAUACAGUUUUCAUAA